UGGAUUAACAUAGUUAUGUAUCUUAUACAUAAGGAAAAAUAUAUAUUGCCGUCAUAUAUAAACGUGCGUACAACUGUUUUCCUGCGACAAUUUUGGUCUAUAUAAAGGUCUUUGAGGUCUCUGGAAUACAGUCACUAUUGUUUCAAACUUAAAUAAUGAAGCUAGCAACCCUUCUAUUGGCCGUGGUCCUGUUCGCCGGAUUCUUCCUGGCUCAGCCGACGUCUGCUCAGACGAACUCCACAACAACCACCAAUACGACCUCGGAUGCAACCACUACAACGACCACUGCCAAGGCCAUCACUUUCCACAGGAAACAUUUCAAGUUUAGAACUGAUCAAUUCAAAAUCGUCCACAAGACUAAAAAGAAAAAGUCUUGUUAACAUACAAGGAGGUUUAUGGAACACUUUGGAAUGAAAAAUAAAUAUAUUGGAAACAAAA